CUAGCUCCGGUAUGAGUAGACGGCGGAUUGCGUAUAAAUAGGGGUGCCGCCGUGGAUUUGUGUCGAAUAUUGCUGGGCUUUUUGAAUAUCAUAGACUAGAGCACUGUGACUGCUACUCUUCCAAAACAAUUCUUCUUGUUUCGAUCUCGCUAUAUCCAAGUCGACAGACAUCAUUGUUCACGCACAGAAUACUUACCGCAGAAAGAAACCGGUCGAGUCCAUACUUUACUUUACCUUACCUCUUUAGCACCGGCCACAAACAAAUCAUAUCAGAUCACCGAAAAAAGACCACGCCUUAAAACACCAUGGCAGGUCUACCAACCACACCAGAAGCAGCCGCCCGGCGCGCAGCCUCCAUCCAGGACGCCGUCGCCCGCGUGAGCACCGCAGCCUCGGAAUACGCCGAUAUCUCGACCAAGGCAGGAGCAGCAGCAGACACGGCCGCGUCACACACGCACCUCAUCAGCGAGGCCAAGAGGCUCCUGGCAGAGGCGCAGGGCCCCAUGGGCGCGGUGCUGGACCUCUUCGGCGCGGUGACGAGGGUCGCGGCGCUGCGGUGCCUCGCCGAGGUCGGGGUCUUCUCCGGGGCCGCGCUGAGCCCCGGCGGGGAGCCGGCCACGGUGGACGAGAUCCUGGCGCGGCUCGGUGGUGCUGCCGUGGUGGAGAAGGCUCUGCUCGUGCGCCUGCUGCGCGCCGCCGGGCCGCCGUUCGUCGUCGAGGCCGGCGAGGAGGCGUACGCGCUGGCGCCGGCGGCUGCGCUGCUGGCGCACCCGGACAUGGCGGCCACGUUCAAGCACCUUGUCGACGAGUCCGGGCCUGCUGUUGCGCUGAUGCCGCGGUUUUUUGCCGAGAAUGGGUGGAGGCAGCCUACGGAUCCUGCGAAUUGUCCCUACACAUUUGCGCAUAGGACUGAGGGCACCGAGAUGUGGGAGCACAUCGCCAAGUUUCCGGAGAGACAAAAGAACUCCAACCGCGCGAUGAAGGCCCAGUCCUUUGACGGGGUCUGGUCUGUCGGUUUGUUCCCCUUUGCUGAGAAGAUCAAGGGGUUGGGGAGGGAGACGGACGCGUCGACGCCCUUGGUGGUCGAUAUCGGUGGUGGCGCCGGCCAUACGAGCGCAAAGAUCCGCGAGCUUUGCAAGGAGAUCAACGGGACCAUUAUUCUGCAAGACCUGUCAGGAGUCGUCGAGGAUGUCUCGCCGGCAGAGGGCAUCGUACCUAUGGCGCAUGACUUCUUCAAGGAGCAGCCUGUCAAAGGAGCUCCGGUUUACUUCCUGAGGCGCAUCCUCCACGACUGGGCGGACCCCAGCAGCGUGGCCAUUCUCAAGCGCAUAGCAGACGCCAUGGACCGCGAGCUGCCGAGCCGGCUGGUCAUAGCUGAGCAGAUCCUUCCGACCCAGGGCGUCAGCGGCGAGAGCGCCAUGGUGGACCUGCUGAUGAUGACCUUCACCGGGAUGGAGCGGACGGAGAAGCAGUGGGGGGAGCUGCUGGGCCAGGCUGGUCUGAAGGUGGUGCAGUUUUACAAGGCACCCGGGACGCCAUUCGGAGCUGUCGAGGCCGUCUUGGCUUGAGGCGGCUGCUGAAUAGGGGCACUUCAGUCUUGAGCAAGGAGACGGAUGAGUGGACGGGCCCAAAACUGCCCAACUUGUGGAAGACAUAAUCAGCCUUGGGCUUGGAAUGGAAGAAAGGGAAUCGUCAUUUGCCAUCACCACUCACAACGCAG